GCUGCACCCCGGCAUUAGUGCGCGAGCUAGCGAGCGUGCGAGGCCAUGGCAGACGACGGGGUUCCGCGCGCGCGCCCGGCCGCCUCCCAGGGCCUCACGGGGCCUCCAGUGCUGGCGUUGCUGUUGCUGCUGCUCUGUGGCCCCGUCCUAGGAGAACUGCGCGCUCCGCCGGAAAAGAUUGCUGUUAUUGGAGCUGGAAUUGGUGGCACUGCAGCGUCGUACUACCUACGCCAGAAAUUUGGGAAAGAAGUGAAGAUUCAUGUGUUUGAGAAAGGAAAGGUUGGAGGCCGUCUGGCUACUCUUGACGUGAAAGGGCGAGGCUACGAGUCCGGAGGUUCUAUCAUACAUCCCCUAAAUCUGCACAUGAAGCGCUUUGUCAAGGAAUUGGAUCUCCCUACUGUUCAGUGUGUUGAUGGCCUCAUGGGUAUUCAUAAUGGAGAGCAUCUUGUGUUUGAAGAGAGCAGUUGGUUCAUCAUUAACAUGAUCAAGCUUGUCUGGCACUAUGGAUUUCAGUUUCUCCGGAUGCAUAUGUGGAUGGAAGAUAUCUUUGACAAGUUUAUGAGGAUUUACCGCUAUCAGUCCCAUGACUACUCUUUUAGUAGCGUGGAAGGCUUGAUGCAUGCCCUAGGAGGGGAUGAAUUCGCUGGAAUGCUCAACAAGACCAUUCUCCAGUCUAUGCAGAAAGCAGGCUUCUCAGAGAAAUUCCUCAGUGAAAUUGUUGCUCCCGUCACGAGGUUCAAUUAUGGGCAGAACACAGGCAUCAAUGGCUUUGUAGGCGCAGUGUCCUUGGCAGGUAUAGACUCUGGCCUAUGGGCUGUAGAAGGUGGAAAUAAACGUGUUUGCGAAGAGCUCCUUCAGUUUUCAAAAGCUUCACUUAUCUCUGGCUCAGUUAUGCACAUAGAGGAGAAAGCAAGGACCACACAGACAGGAGGACCCAAGAAGGCAUAUGAAGUCACCUAUAAAACAGAUUCAGGGAUCAACACAGACCUCUACGACAUCAUCAUGGUGGCUGCCCCGCUGAACAGCAGAUUAUCCAAUAUCACUUUUCUAAACUUUGAUCCACCCAUUCCGGAAUUUCACCAAUACCACCACUACCACUUGGUGUCUACUCUUGUUCAUGGGCGACUGAAUCCACUUUUCUUUGGCUUAACAGCAACUGAUAGUGUGUACCUUUCUGACGUCUUCACCACCGACAAUCCAAAUUCGUUUAUUUACAGCAUCUCACUGGCAACACCUGUGAGAAAAGAGGCUGAUCCUCAAUCUAAGCCAGCAACCGAUUCAGCUGUUUGGAAAAUCUUUUCCUCAGAAUCCCUUACCAAGGAGCAACUUAAUUUGCUCUUUGCAUCUCAUGAUUCAGUAGAGGAGCAGGAGUGGCUUGCAUACCCUGAGUAUAAGCCUCCAGCAAAGUGCCCACCCAUCAUACUCCAUGAUCGCAUAUACUAUCUCAAUGCCAUAGAGUGGGCAGCAAGUGCGAUGGAGAUGAGUGCCAUCGCAGCCCAUAAUGCAGCGCUCCUUGCCUACCAUCGUUGGUAUGGGAACACGGAGAUGAUUGACCAAGAAGGAUUAUAUGAGAAACUCAAAACAGAGCUUUGAAGUGUCACCAACAUCCUUUUCUCCCUCCUUCCUCUCAUGCCUCCAAAUGAAAUCCCAAGAUGACAAGAAGGGUCAAGUCCCUGUGAGCCAGGGAUGUUGGCAUUUGAUUAGACAUAGUUGAUUUGUCAUUAUCCUUAGUCAAAUGAAAGUAAUCAGUGGUGGGUUUGAAGGAGGUAGAGGGUUCAGUCAAGGAUUAACACGUAGCCAUUGCCCAUAAUUCUGUCUUUAAAGCUACUAUGUAAAUCUUUAAGGACCUUUUUUCAGUCUAGGCUGAAACUAGGUACAAAAGGAAGGAAUUUGAUAAACCAGUUGUGUUAUAAUUUGGAACCUUUCCCAACUUUGGAGUAGUCUUCGCUGGUUUUGUGGAAGUUGUGAAGGAGCUCAGAUAGGAGUUGGAGGCAAGAGUUACUAGUUUGUUUAAUUUUGGACAUGAGGCUCUUAUUUUCCUCAUCUGGGAAAUGAGGGGACUGGGUGGGAUUAGAUAAUCUCUAAGGCCUUCUCCUUUCUAGCUCUGAGAUUUAUAAUCCAGCACCCGAAGGCUAUCAGUAAUGGGCUAAACUCAUUUUCUUUUUCAGUACUAUAUGACCUAUCCCCCUUCACUGUAAAUGUGCCAUUGCCAAACACACUUUUUGAAGGCCAAAUUCUCAAUUCUAUAGCUCUGUUGUGCUUUUUUUUUUUUAAAGGAUAAGGCUCAGGUACUUUUUAAUAUUAUAUCCUCCAAGAUAUGAAGGCAAAAGUCACUAGAAUCAAUCUUGAAGGAAAACCAAAAGUGAGUAAGUUUUAUUGUCACGGGGGGAGUCAGGAAAUCUUUCUAUUCUCAAAUACAUCUCUAAAGUUUGACUUAACCACUAUUUCUCUGUAGUGUUAUUAUUCAGCAGAGUCCACUUUAUUCACAGGUCCACUUUAAGAAUAAAAUUCAUGAAACCGAAGAUUCUUUUAAAGGUACCUUAGAAGUGUAUGCUUCUAAACUGUUGGUCUUGCCUUUGUAUUUUUCUUAAGUAGGUAGCUAAAUGGGCAUUUUAAAAGUUCUGCCCCAUUGUAUACAAUUGAAAAAGCUCAUUUCUACAGCUAAUACUUUGGAAGCAGCCUUCCAUCUGAAAGAUUUAGGUUAAGGCCGGAGCAAGGCCAACCACAUCUGGAUCACACCAGAUUGCAACAUGGUGUAGCCAGACAGAGCAUUAGACUUGGAGUAAGACCUGGGUUUUAAUUCUGCUUCAGAUGCUUACUAAGUGUGUCAACCCUUGGGAAGCUAAGUAACCUUUCUGGGCCUUAGUUUAUUUAUAAAGAUGGUGGAGUUGGACUCCACACCUUAAGAUCCCCUUCAGCUCUUUAAUCCCUAACAAAGGUGUAUUUUUAUAUAGCUCUGAGAUAAUCUAGAGCAGUUGCUACAGCCUUCGAAGCUCAGUGAGCAAAUAGAUCAAAAUUAGCCAAUGGGUGAUAAGUACCCAUAGUAGGCUUCUACGCACCUGGGAAAAAAUAGAUUGCAAAUAGCUUAAGUGUUCAUGUAAAAUCCUCUUAAAAUCAACUCCAAAAAUAGUAAAGAGAAAAAAAGUGAAAAAAUGUGCAUUGAGAUUCACAUGAAAAAGAUAUUCCAUACUGUUUUUCCAGCUUUCCUUUAACCUUAAGGCUUUGGGAGGGGGGAAGAGAACAUUGGGAUACUUGAUAUAAUGAAGUUUGAGAGUUGCCACUCAGCUUCUGGGGAGAAAAUCUCAACCAGAGCCAAUUCCCAGUUUCCCUACUGUCAGAGGGGAAGAUCAACUACUUAAUUAGAAGUAGUCAUGUGAAUGAUAACUAGCAAAAACUUAGGUUGUAUACAAAAAAGCAAAUGAAAAUUACUGCUUUGUUACAUUAGGGGAUUUUUUUUAUCAACAAAACACUGAGGAGAGCCCUCCGAAGGGUUGUAGAACUCAGUCCUACCACAGAAGUCAGUUACCUCAAUAAAAUUUUGCCUUUCACAGCUAUGUAUACUGAACGUUAAUUAGUGGAUGUCACUCUUUAAUAUUCUGUUUGCAAAGCCCUUGGGAUAGAUGGCUGACAUUUUUUAAUGGCAGAUAUCGAGCUUACGUGUGAUGUGGUUGUUGAAGGGCACUCUAUCUGUUUUAGCAUUCGUAGGCUAAUUGUUAAGAAUUGGUUUAAAAAAAACAUUGUUUCCCGUUUUGUAGAUUCUUCCAGAUGAUGGGUAUAGAGCAUAACAUCCCACGUAUAUGCUGAAGACUGGCUGAGUAACAUAACAAGAUUUGAGUAAGAUCAUGUCUUAUCAUUAACACUGCUUUUAGCUACUUUUUCUUUGAGAUAGUGCACCAAUUGCAAACUUAGAUGUUAAGGACAAGUAGGAUGUGCUCUCACUGUAAUAAAGUUAUGCCGGGGAGACCAGUUAUCAGUAGAUAACGCUUGCUCAUGAUGCAGUGGAGCCUCAGUAUGUGUUUUUAAAGGGUUGUUUUGUUAAAAGGGUCGCCGGUGUUCAGAAGGCUAAUAGCAAAACAAUGAUUCUGGGUUAAAAGGUUCGUGGGCUGAUUUUUUCAUGGUGUUUCUUAUUCUGGGUAAUGGUGGGGGUGGAUCAUUUGUGGAAAUGCUGUGUCACCACAGAACAGGUUUUAUCCCCAUUGCUUGUCAUGCUUCUCACUACACUGUUAAAAGGAUAAGCUUAGGCCAUGUCACUUUUUUUCAUAAUUCUAACUCAGGGGCCUAAAUAUUACAACCUAUAUAUGAAUCCUAGCCUGAGCUUUUAGAGGAAGAAAUACUAUGCCCUGCUCCUCACCCCCAAUAACCCACCAAAAAACUUAACCCUACAAAUGAUUUCCUGUGGAGUUUUCAACCUAAUUAAGGCCUGGCUAAGGAUUUAUAUACCUACCCUCCCUCUAUUUUUUUCUUGCUCACAGUGAAAUGAAAAUAAACAAAUAUGCCACUCUG